AUGGAUAUGUGUUUAUUGAUGAAAAAUGAUAUUCAGAUUCGGAAUCAGCUGGAGACACUGCUGGCGGAGAAGGCGCGUUUAGCUCACGAAAACUCAGUGUACGCGCGUGAGAAUCGCGUGUUGAGAGAGAUAGUGGAAUACCAUCAGAUGACGACGCAGGAUGUUAUCUACGUGGACGAGGGGAGUGAUGAGGUGGCAGAAGUUCAUCCAAUCUUAGUGAGUGGUGAAUUAAGUAGUAGGGACUUGGAUGGUGUCCUACAAAACUAUGCUUUGGAGGCAUUUGCUCGGCGGCCAAAGACCGGCGUGGCGUACGAUGGGGCCGUCUCCGGCAUCAGAGUAUCGGCGAUGAGGCUCAAGACCGGAGCUUUAAAGAGGAGAGGAGUGAGCAUGUACCAAGAGUUCCAAAUUCCAAAGGGAGUGAUGACACAUCCCUAUGUGGAGAGGCUUGUUCUUCUCUACCACAAUUUGGCCAAUUGGUCCUUGGCAUACUACCCUCCUCUUGAGGGCUACACCUAUUUGGCCCCGGUGAUCGGUCUCCUUGCUUACGAUGCGUCGCAGUUGAAGAUGCGUCUCAACAUACGAGCAUCUAGCCAACCCAUAUCUAUCAAUUUCUCGAAGCUGCUGCUGGCUCCCAUGGCCAUGCCCGCGCAUCCAAAAUGUGUGUUCUUUGAUGUCAAUGGGUCGGUCUACUUCAGUGACAUGAUGUGGAGUAAUAUCUGCACGACUUUCCAAGAGGGCCAUUAUUCUGUUGUGACUACUAGUAUUGCGCGAAAUGAUAGUACUAGUACUGGUUCGACUCGUUUAAAGUGGUGGAUGAUUGCUGGUGGGGUGUUGGCAUUGGGAGGAGUUGCGGUUGUGGCGAGGAGGAAGUACGAGCGAAGGACGAGGAAGAAGAUGGUUGCGGAAUUGAGUGAAGCUUUCUAUAUGAGUAACAAUGGCACCCCGGCGGCUAUGCCAACAAGGACUCUUCCUAUACUUGAGAAUGAAUAUGUACCCUAA